UGGUGCAGCUCGUGCCAUGACACUGGUGCGCUGCGUCCCGUGAACGAGCUGCUGUGCUUUUUUCUUUUCUUUUCUACCUCUCUCUCUCUCUCUCUCCUUCUCUCUCUCGCUCGCUUUCUCUUUCCUUCGCUGUCUGGACCCUGCCAUGUCCUAUCCACAGUUUGGAUACCCCUACUCGUCUGCGCCACAGUUCCUCAUGACCACCAGCUCUCUGACCUCUUGCUGCGAGUCGAGCUCCAGGUCCGUGCCGGACUCAAGCAUGGCCGCCUCGGCACAGCCUCCAGUCUACUGCCCUGUGUACGAGAGCAGGCUGCUGGCCACUGCUCGACAUGAGCUGGUCUACGGCAGUCCAUACACCAGCGGCCAGGGCUACGGCAAUUAUGUUGCCUAUGGCACAGACGCCUCAGCUUUUUAUUCACUGGGAGCAUUUGACACAAAAGAUGGGACGGCCUCUGCGCAUGCAGGGAUCACUCAGGCUGCUGCCUACUACCCCUAUGACCCCACCCUGGGGCAGUACCAGUAUGACAGAUAUGGCUCCAUGGAUGGAGGGACCAGGAGGAAAAACGCCACUCGUGAGACGACCAGCACGCUGAAGGCCUGGCUGCAGGAGCACAGGAAGAACCCCUACCCCACCAAGGGUGAGAAGAUCAUGCUGGCCAUCAUCACCAAGAUGACCCUCACCCAGGUCUCCACGUGGUUUGCCAAUGCCAGGAGGAGACUCAAGAAGGAGAACAAGAUGACCUGGCCACCAAGGAACAAGUGCUCAGAUGAGAAGAGAUACGGGGAAGAUGAAGAAGGCUCACAAGAGGAUCAAAUAAAAAGCGAAACGAAUGAUGACGAGAGCAGAAGUCGAGAGGAUAAGGACCUUCAGCUGAGCGACCUGGACGACUUUGACGCCAUCGAGUCAGAAAGCUCUGAGUGUGAGCUGAAGCAUCAGUUCCACAUGAACGCGCACCCGCCCAGCACCGAGCACCUCAAGGACACUUCCCUAAAAUUGUCCAUUGGACCCUCACUGGAGGUGGACCGCGACCUGGCCAAGAGCUGCUUAAAAACCGCAGCUGCCGAAGACCUGGAGCACGACCCAGGUGACAUGCGGCAGACCAAGACCUGCUUCCAGCAAGGUCACCAAGUGCUGGACAACAAACCACGAAUUUGGUCACUGGCCCAGACCGCCACCUCAUUGAACCAGACAGAAUACCCAUCCUGCAUGCUCAGAUGCCAGCCGGCCAUGCCCUCCUCCCCUGAGGCGUCAUCACCCACCAGUGGCCUGGACAGACAGCAGGACUCCCCAGUCACAACCCUUAGAAACUGGGUGGACGGGGUUUUUCAUGACCCCCUGUUUAGACACAGCACUUUGAACCAAUCGCACACCAACACAUCAGUUUCUUGGACCAUGACCAAAGGCUCCAUCCUGGAGAUGGGCGCACCGGAGCGCACGGCAGGAAGCAACGGGAUAAAAGGACACACCAUUGCUUUGCAGCAUCAAGAGGCCAAUAAGGAUAACAUGGCUUUCCCCAAAGCGAUGAACAAAAUGUUUUGCUCCUAACCCACCUGAACAACAUCUGCACAAAGAAAGAUGCAUUUGGAAUAUGCUGUUGUGACAGUUGAUGAGAAAAGAAAUGUUGAUCUGUGUUUGGAUGGGUCCAAAAAGCUAUUGGACAUUUUUUUAAAAUAUGCACAUAUAUAUAUAUAUUUGCUUGACCAUGGGGAAUUGUAUGUAGUAACUGUUCUGUUGACAUUUCA